CAAAAUAACUAUGGGAUGAAGGAGGAGUGCAAGAACAGAUACAGUUGCAUACCUAAAAGGCAGAAAGCAGGUUCAAAAAAAACCAAAAAACAAAAAAACCAAAAACCACAGAUUAGUUUUAGCUGCAUUUAUUUGGGGAUAUCAUUGUUAAAUUAUAAGUGUUACAGAGCAGUAGAGCGACUCAUCAUCUGCGAGCCUUUCCACACGCCCCAGCAGGCCAAGUUUUUAGGCUUUCACCACAGAUACCAUCUGGACAAGCACACGGAGCUCCAAGCACACUGGCACUUCAGGAAACUACCAGAGGUAAUGGAGUCUGGCAGCUCUACCAACAUUUCUGAGGGUAAAUCGCCGUCUUAUGAAAGCGAAGAGGAUAUAGAGUUUGUUGGAGAAGAGCCCUUAAGACCUGUACUUGAGUGCAUUGAUCUUGUCAGUAGUGAUGAUGAGGAACCUAACAGCAGUUCUUAUGCUCGUAGAAAUUCUAAGCAUAAAGAUUACGUUGACUAUCAGAAAGAAAGAGUUGCAUCAACCCUGGAUCGCCUGGCACGCCACGUUGAAGAAGAGAAACAGCAAAAGGAAGAGAAAAACAAAGCCUUUAAGGAGAAAGUUGAUUCUCAGUAUGCUCACGGGCUGCAGGAACUAGAAUUUAUUCGGGAACACAGUGACACUGAAGCUGCAAGAUUAUGUGUGAACCAAUGGUUAAAAAUGCCAGGUCUUAAACCGGGCACUGUUAACAGUGGAAGAAGGGGUGUUUGUCAGAGAGCAGGUCAGAUGCAAGUCAACAGAAAUCCCAUUUCAUGUCCUGUGAUGCACUGCAACAGAAAGUUUGACAAUGGCCAUCUGCUCCUAGGUCAUCUGAAAAGGUUUGAUCAUUCUCCUUGUGACCCAACAGUCACAUUACUUGGACCCCCAAAUAAUGCUGUUGCCUGUGUGAUAUGCUGCCAAAUAUUUUCAACCUUUCAGCAGUACAGUGAUCAUCUUUUAUCUAAGCUAAAUCAAAAUGAUGGACAUGAAAAAGAUCUCCCUCCACAACAUAUUCAGUGUUUUGCAUGUCCAUGCUGCUUCCUCCUCUUCACCAAAAGAGAUGAAUGCUUGAAGCAUAUGUCAGGAAAGAACCACUUCCUCCAGCUUUUUAAAUUGAAUGAAAUGAAGGCUGAUUCUCCUCUACCUUUCCCAUCCUAUGCAAAGAAGCUGCUGAUAUCACUCUGCAAAGAGGUUCCCUUCCAAGUGAAAUGUAUGUCCUGCUUACAGAUACUACGGUCCCAUAUGGAAUUAACAGCUCAUUUCAGAACACGUUGUCGUAAUUCUGGCCCUAUGGCAGUGUCCAAGAAGAGGAUCUCCCAGGUUGCAGAGAUAUUCAGAACAAAAGGUCACUGUGAGAACUGUGAUAAGCUGCUUUCUGAUGAGAAUCAGAUCUUGCAGCAUAAGCAAAGCACUAAACAUAACGUUAAAGUUCUUACUACGAUGGAAGAGUCCAUCUUGAUGUUCUGUCAUAUCAAUGAAAAAAAUAAAAAUGCAUCUCAUUUGUGCCAUACUGUGGAUUGGUCAAGGCCGCUGCUGAAGAGACAUUUGGGCUCGAAUGAGUCAGCCACUGAAAAUGAAUUUACUCCUGCAAAACGGAAAAGUGAUUUAAAAAAAAACAGUGAAGAUCAUGUCGGAAACCAAAGCCAAGGCAGUGCUUGCAAAGUGAAAGCCUGGUUUUGUGAAUGCCUUCAGAAGUUUCUUACAGAAGAGUCAGUAGAAAAACACAUUUUGUCAGCAAAUAGGAUCUGUCACAAAUGUGCUGUAUGUGGAAAGCUUGCUGAAAACUCAAGUAUCAUCCGCCUGCAUAUGAGCCGGUUCCAUGGAGGGGCACACUUGACUAACUUUCUUUACUGGUGCAGAGCGUGCUCUGUAGAUCUUCUCAAAGAAGAGGAUAUUAUGAGACACGUGACUGAGUUCCAUGGCGGACAUAGUUACUAUUAUGAGCAGGAAGCUCUGGAAGAUGAACCUGUGCCCUCAGCCUCUGACACAGUGUACGUUUCCAAAGAUGAAAGGAAAGAGUCCAUUCCUAGCCCUGUGGAAAUCUCUCCUGAAAAAAGUCCUCAUCUGGGAAAAUGGCAGUGCCGUGUUUGUGAGGAGAUGUUUGAAUCUGAAGACAGCGUUAAGCAGCAUUGUAUGUCCCUAGAAAGCCACACAUUUCACAGAUAUUGCUGUGGAUUGUGUAAAAACCACUUCCGGAAAGUAGGAACGCUGCAGCGACACUUCCAGGAGCAUCAUAAUGGAGAAAUAAAAAUUAAAUACUUCUGUGGCCUUUGCGGCAAUCUCUUUUUUGACACAGAAGAAGAGUUUCUAAUCCACUAUAAGGACUCUCACAGCACGGACUAUGUAUUUGUGCCUGAGCAGGCGGAAAUAUCAAUAAAAAUAGAAGAUGACUUCCUCCCAGAAGAAAAUGGAGACUUUUUAACCUGUGGUUGCCGGACAUCUUAUGUCUCCAAAGUAAACAGGAGGAACGAUUACAUGAACUGUCAGAAAGCCAUGCUGCAGGAGGGAAAAUUAUGGUUUCGCUGCUGUUUGUGUUCUGCAACUGCACAGAGUUUUGCAGAUCUGAACAGUCAUCUCAGCAGCCACACAUCGGUGAGAAGUAAGCGAGACGUGUAUGUUGUGAGAUGUGCCGCAUGCAACAAAAAUUUUGACGAUAUUCAGAGUGCACAUCAGCACUAUCACAUGAAACACUGCUUCCUACAGAAACCCGAUGUAUCAAGUUUCGCGUCAGAACCAGAAAAUGCAGUAUUCAAAUUCGCAGCAAGUGGGGCUUGUGUGGACAAAAGGACCCAUGAACUGAAAUUUCAUGCAAAUUCAUCCAAGACUCAGGGAAGAUCACAGUCUCCUCCCCUGAAGGGAACGACCCAUGGAAAGAAAGGAAGAACUGAAAAUUCAGCAUGCUGCAAAGAGCCUGGUGAGGAUAGUGAACUUCCAGAUCUCGACUACUUGAGUACCAUGACUCACAUUGUGUUGGUGGAUCUGGACAACUGGGGAAGCUUUUUCACACAGCUGCCAGCUAACCUGAACCAAGGAACAUUCAUCUGGGGAUUUCAAGGAGGAUACAGUAACUGGAAACCUCCAGUGCAGUGCAAAAUUUAUAAUUAUCUCAACAAGAUCGGAUGUUUCUUCCUUCAUCCGCGUUGUGGGACCAGAAGAGAAGCAGCAGACUUUGCACUCUGUGUUCAUGCUGGUCGGCUGGAUGAGCGUCUGCCCAAGCAAAUUCCUUUCACUGUACUUUCUGGAGACAAAAGCUUCCUGGAGCUGGAAGCUCAAUUUAAGAUGACUCAGCGGUCAGUUCGCAUUCUAAAUCCCCAUCACAUCGAAGGAGACAUGAUGUGUGCCUUGCUAAACAGCAUUUCAGAUACCACAAAAGGUUCCGAUAGCGAAGAGGAUGAAGAUACCAAACGAACAAUCCAAAAGAGUUUAGAAGAAACAAAGAAACAAGAAGAGGAUGAUGCGGAAUUAGAAGAAGCUAUCAAGAGAAGCCUUGAGGAAAUGUAAAUGAGGAUCCCUCUGUAUGCUAAUACUGUGUCAUCAAAGCUGCUCACAAAAAUGGAAGCUUGUUCAUCUAUUUACAAAUCCUGCUUCAAAAACCUGCCUGUAUCUUGAAUUGUUAGAUCUAUAAUCUCAUGUUCUCUGUAAUGCUGAUGGGAGUUUAUGGAUAUCUGCUGCAAUUUAUUCUGUAUGACAAAAAAUAUAUUUUUAAGCCUUUACACAUUCAGUUUCUAAUGGAUGAUGGCAAAGUCCCACUGGUCUAGCUGUAUAAAUUGUUGCCCAGUUGGUGGGCUGAUGUUACUUUGUGUUUGGUUGGUUUUUGUUUUGUUUUAAUUAUUUAGUUGAUUGGUUCUUAUAUUUAAUUUUUCUGUCACAAAAUGUGAUUGUCUUUAUUUACUUUUUCAAGUGGUCUUGGCAACAGAUAAAAAUAGUGAACUUCAAUUGUCUCAGACUGACUCACUUAGCUCAUCUUGUUAUAAAGAGAAGCUUAGUUCCUGGGUGUAUAAACUGAACAUACGCUCUUAACUCUUGUAUGCGGAUGGUCUUGUCUUAUAGACCACAGUUUUUUCUACAUGCUGUCUGUUAUAAAUGGCAGAAUCAGGGCCGUGAACUGUGCAGAUAGUUUCUGUUAGCUUUAUUUUUGUAAACGUGUCUGUUUUUUUACUAGUAACAUGGAAGUGUUGGCUUGAAGUCUGCCAGGUUUGGUACCUCUCUCUGAUCUAAGGAAGGAACAAAUUUGAAAGUGAGCAAAAGCUGAGUAAAUCUUUAUGGGUCCCUUCUUUUAUGAAGACAGAAUAUGUCCUUAUUUGUAAGUGAAUAAUUUCUUUUUGUGUUCAAAAUGAAGCCGUCUGUGCCACCUUUCUUAUUUCCCUCUUUUGAAAUACUAAUGCAAGCUGCCCAUCUGUACCAGCUUAUUCUGCUUUAUAAUGGUUGUCAUUAAUCAUUAAGAAAUGUUGAUGUAACAAAAUGCCAGCUUUUCUUUUUAUCCAUUACCUUGUGAGUUUGCUUGCAACUGUUGUAAAUCUAAAUACUUAUUAUGCAAAGGAAUACUUAUUUUUGGAGAGUAAGAGAAGAAGAAAGCUAGAUUUUACUUGCCAUCAGUUCCAAAGCAUUAGAAUAACUACUGUAUGUCACCAUUAGGAAAGCUGGAAUACUGACACUGAUUUUCCUGAUGUAUUUGCUGUCUCUCGACCAACUCAUCAGAUUCUUCACUAGUUUUUUCUCUGAACUCAUUUGCAGUCAUACAACCUGAAGAAACAGCUGAAUCUCCAGAAAACAGAUUGAAUGCUUUCAGUGAAUUGGCUCUGAAAAUCCUACAGAGUAAACAGAAUCUCAUGAUGUUCUUCCAUUGCGUCAGCUGCUUGCUUUCCCGCUGUAAAUGUGGGAUUAGCAGUUGGGUUUGAGGUGUGCAGUGCCAUCCUGCUGCUGAGCAAGCACUAUUCCAGGAGACGCUGAGUUGCCUUCAGCUAAAUGACUCAAGCUAAAUCAAUUUCAGAAUUUUUCACGCUGAGUCCUAAUAUAAAGUGGAAUGAGACAAAGCUAUCAUUAGUGCAAGAAAGAGGUUUUGGGAAGGUUUCUUCAGCACAGACACUCAAGCUGCAGUUCUUUUCUCAUUAAAAAAAAUGUUUCAUCUUGAGAAAGUUCUUUGCUUGACAACAGAUGUCUAAAACCUGGCUAGAUGGUCUUCUCUAGAGUCUGCUGUGACAGAUCUUGAACAUAAACUUUAUUCCUCAUAUUUCAUUUUGUCAUAAGAUUUAAGUUUGAUUUUACCUAAUGAUCCUUGACUUAAUAAAUUGCAUUAAACAAA